AUGGCUGUCAAGAGCCUCCUCGCGUUUCUGGCCCUGGCCACGACGGCCCAUUCCAAGUGGAUCGUCCCCGGUGCCCGCUGGUACGACACUGAGGGUAACAUCUUCAAUGCUCACGCCGGCGGUCUAGCCAUUGAUCGUGACACCGGAAGGUUCUUCUGGUUCGGAGAGCACAAGACCAAGGAGGACCCCGAGGGCGGUGGUGUCUCCGUAUACAGCUCCGACGAUCUUGCAACCUGGACAUCCCAUGGCCUUGCCCUGACCCCCGAGGACGGUCACGAGUUCAUCUCCCCAGAGAGCAUCAUCCAACGCCCUAAAGUCCAGUACAGCGAUGUCGACCAAAAGUACCACAUGUGGUGGCACGCCGACGACAGCAAGUACAGCCUCCUCCUGCAGGGUCACGCUACCUCGGACAACAUCUCCGGGCCGUACUUGUUCGACAAGGCCGUCGCACCUCUGGGCAACUGGUCACAGGACUUUGGGCUCUUUACCGACUACAAGGAUGGCCGGUCAUAUGCCCUCUACUCCAACGGGGACUCGGUCCAGGGCCGCGACAACUACCUCACCAGGUUCAACGAGGGGCUCACUGACCUCGAGGACGUCGUCUACACUUGGCCCAAGUUUGACCUCGAGGCCCCGACCAUCAUCCAGACUGAGAAGAGCUACUAUGCCCUCAUGAGCCACAAGACCGGCUACCGGCCCAACAAUGUCGUCGCUUUCCGAGCUGACAGCUUGGAGGGUCCGUGGUCGCAGCCGUUCUUCGUUUCUCCCGCCUACACUCGAACUUUCUCGACCCAAUCGGGCUUCUCAUGGCGGAUCAACGGUACCAAACAGACAACAUAUCUCUACAUGGCGGAUCAGUGGGACGGAAACUCGAUUUGGGAAAGCCGCAACGUAUGGCUGCCAAUGGACAUCGAUGAUGACAAGGGCAAACUCGAAGUCAAGUGGCACGACAUCUAUGACCUUAACGUCAAAACCGGCGAGUGGGAACCUGUUGAGGGCAAAGAGUACCCGGCUGCAGAGGCCAAGACGACUGGCGGUGCGUACUUGCAAGAAGCUAACUUUGCAACCUUGAGCAAAAUCGCAACAGGAAUUUAUGGAAAUGACAGUAAGAUCACCUUCGAGGUUGACGGCCAAGGAGAUGACCAAUGGGUCUCGUUCUACCAUCAAAAUAUCGAUGACAUGGGUUUCGGAGAUCAGCCCAUGGGAGCGCCCGACCGCAUCAACGGCACAUGGCAGCUCCGCCGGGUCAGCAGCGUCGUUGUCAACGACAACGAAGACCAAAUACACACGCUGUAUCAAAAGGACACGCACAAGGGAAUCAUCCUCUCCACCGCCCUCAAGCUUCCCCUUAACAAAGGGAAGAACACAAUCACCGUCGGUGGUCUCAGCAACGGGUUCAACAUCAAGGGUGCCGACCUCGAUAAGAUUGUCGUCUACCCCCCUGAGCCGCGACAACCACCAAAGUGUUAG